AUGGCGAAGUUUCAUUGCGACGUGUGCUCUUCCGAUUGCACUAAUCGGGUGCGGAUACGGUGUGCUGUAUGCGAGGAGUACGAUCUGUGCGUACCUUGCUUUAGCCAGGGUUCAUUUUCCGGUGCUCAUAAACCUUACCAUGCCUACAGGAUUGUCGAACAGAAUGCUUAUCCAAUACUAAGCGAAAGUUGGGGCGCUGAUGAAGAGCUGUUACUGAUCGAAGGAUGCCAAAAAUUCGGUUUAGGAAAUUGGCAUGACAUCGCUGACCAUAUCGGUAAUCGCUCCAAGGAAGAAGUCGGACAGCAUUAUGAAAAAUUCUAUCUCUAUUCGAUUGAUUAUCCACUACCGGACCUGACAAAGGAUUUCAAAGAUAUAACUCCUGAAGUGUUCAUACAGCAACGCAAAGCCCGACUUGAACGUAGGAAAAAGCAGCCGUUACCAACACCUAAGAAGCCUUUAGCGUCGGUCCCGUUAUGCUCUGAUAUUCAAGGGUUUAUGCCUGGUAGAUUAGAAUUCGAAGUUGAAGUUGAAAAUGAUGCUGAACUCACUGUAAAGGAUAUGGUCUUUGAUCCGGAUGAUCAACCGUUGGAUAUUGAACUAAAAUUGUCCGUUCUGGAUAUAUAUAACUCCCGAUUGACAACUAGAGCAGAAAGGAAACGAGUCAUAUUUAUCAACGGUUUACUGGAGUAUAGAAAGAACGCUAGUAUCGAUAAAAAACGUACAAAGGAAGAAAAAGAUCUUUACAAUCAGUUAAAGCCAUUUGUAAGGGUACUAACCCCAGUUGACUUUGAAGAGUUUACGGAAGACAUGCUAGCUGAGUUGCGAUGUAGAAAUAAGAUUCAACAACUACAAGAGUGGCGCAAAAACGGAUUGACUACGAUGGAGCAGGGUAUCCGUUAUGAAAAGGAAAAAAUCUCCCGACAGGUUCAACUUCAAAGGUUUAACAUCACUGCAGGCAGUGCUAGGCAUCCUAACAGCUAUCAACAACUGAAUAACUCUUAUGGGAGAAGGUCGCAUGCUAACUCGCCUGUCCCUUACGAAAUAGCAAAUAAUGAGCCGAAAAGAUCCUCCAAAACCAUGGUACCAUUGGAUAUAUCCCACGCGGCUGAUUAUGAGUUGUUAUCUGACGAAGAGAAGAUCCUCUGCUCGACAUUGCGGUUGCUUCCAAAACCAUACCUAGUUAUCAAGGAGACUUUAUUUCGAGAACUUAUUAGAUGUGGCGGUGUCUUAAAGAAACGGACAGCGAGGGAACUGUUAAAGAUCGACGUGAACAAAACUUCUAAAAUUUAUGAAUUUUUUGUUCAACAAAAAUGGUGUAACAUCAAUAGUGCAAGCUAA